AAAAACAAAAACUCGUUCAGCCGGUCUCCCUUAAAACCCCCUUCACGGACUGAACCUCUCUUCGUUUGCGGAGAGCUUCCCCUUCCAGUCCUUCAACAAUGGCGUCUUCAUCUUUCAUUCGAUUCUUUGUGGUUGCUUCUCUUCUAUUCUCUGCUUCUUUCUUUGCGAUCUACGCUGAAGACGCUGCGUCCAAGGAAUUUGUUCUUACUUUGGACAAUUCCAACUUCUCCGAUGUUGUUUCCAAACAUGACUUCAUCGUCGUUGAGUUUUACGCCCCUUGGUGUGGGCAUUGUAAGAGCCUGGCACCAGAGUAUGAAAAAGCUGCCUCUGUUUUGAGCAGUCACGACCCUCCAAUUACUUUAGCCAAAGUUGAUGCCAACGAGGAGUCAAACAGAGAGUUGGCAACUCAAUUUGAAAUUAGGGGGUUCCCCACCAUUAAGAUACUCAGAAAUGGGGGUAAAUCAAGUCAAGAUUACAAGGGACCUCGCGAUGCCGACGGCAUUGUUAACUACUUGAAGAAGCAAAGUGGGCCGGCAUCUGCUGAAAUAAAAUCUGCAGAGGAUGCUAGUAAUCUCAUCAAGGAUGUAUACAUUGUCGGGAUAUUUCCAAAGCUUUCUGGAGACGAGUUUAAUAACUUCAAAGCUUUGGCUGAGAAGUUACGUACUGACUAUGAUUUUGGUCACACUUUGGAUGCUAAGCUACUUCCGCGUGGAGAAACAUCUGUAUCUGGCCCAGUUGUUAGGCUUUUCAAGCCAUUCGAUGAACAGUUUGUUGAUUUUAAGGAUUUUGAUCCAGCUAAGUUGGAGAAGUUCAUUGAAUCAUCUAGUAUUCCCACUGUAACGGAGUUCAAUAAUGAUCCUAGCAAUCAUGUAUACCUUUCCAAGUUCUUCUCCAGUUCUAAUGAUAAGGCUAUGUUUUUUCUGAACUACACCACCGAGGCUGCUGAUUCUUUGAAAUCUAAGUACCGUGAAGUUGCUGAACAGUACAAAGGAGAAAUAAGUUUCCUAAUUGGAGACAGCGAAUCCAGUCAAGCUGCUCUAAACUAUUUUGGACUCAAGGAAGAUCAAGUGCCUGUCCUUCUUGUGCAAAAAGAUGAUAGGUUUAAGUAUGUGAAAUUCAAUGUGGAGGCUGAUCAGAUUGCUCCUUGGGUGAAGGAUUACAAGAAUGGCAAAGUGCCACAAUUCAUAAAGUCAGAACCCAUUCCCGAGAGUAACAAUGAACCUGUGAAAGUGGUUGUUGCUGAUAGCAUCCAAGAUGUAGUCUAUAAAUCAGGAAAGAAUGUUUUACUGGAAUUUUAUUCUCCAUGGUGCGGGCACUGCAAAAAACUUGCUCCAACCUUAGACGAAGUGGCUGUCUCAUAUGAAAGUGAUCCUGAUGUCGUUAUUGCUAAGUUUGAUGCCACGGCAAACGACAUUGCAGUUGGCGAUUUUGAAGUCCAAGGUUACCCUACUUUGUAUUUCAGAUCAGCAAGCGGAAAGCUGGUCGAGUAUAAUGGUGAUAGAUCCAAGGAAGACAUCAUAAAUUUCAUUGAGACAAAUCGUGAUAAAACUGCAGAGGAUACAAAACCUAAGGACACAGAGUCAAAACCCAAGGAAUCAAAGCAAGAUUCAGAAGCCAAGGAUGAGCUCUAAAAAGGGAAGCAAGUCUUUUUGUGAGGUGAGACCUGAAGGCGAUCUGGGGGUAAAGUAGCUGUGCAGCUUAAGUUGUUAGGGACAUGUUUUGGCAGCAGCUGCUAUUCCCAUGGAUGUUGACAAUAGUAAUUAGCACAGAGCCAUGUGAUCUGAACCCAUUUUCUGUUUUUUCCAUAUCUCACUUUUUCCUCUUCUUUUUUUCCCCCCUUUAAUAUUUCAAAAUAAACAAUAAUGUGCAAUGCAAUUUCUUUGCUUUUGGAGUAGUUUUUAGUUCUAUUAUCCUCUUCCAUAAUGUAACGAUUAUGUGACAGACAGUUUAAACAUCUGAGUUACGUUUAAUUAUAGGCGGAGUUUAGUGUUGUGAUUUUACUCUUUGGAGUA